AUGUGUUUCUCUGUUGACAGAAGUAUUAUCAGUUCAGCAUCGCCAUCCAUCAUACUAACGCUGCUGCUUCAGAUAAAGAACCUGCCACAUACCAACAGCUUUCAGUCGCAAAUUGCUGCUGCACUCAUUGUCAACAAUAUCUUUGCUGCAGUAAUUGUUGCAAUCACGUGGUCCACAGAAAACAAUGCAGCAAACAUCAUUCUGAAACUAUUGGAACCAUUUGGAGAAAUUCUUGUUGGAGUUAUUGUAGGAAUUCUUCUGUGCUACAUUCCACCUGAAGAUUUUGUUCACAAUUUAUUCUUCCGUUGUGUCUUUCUGGUUGGUUCCAGUGCUGUGGUAUUGUUCACCCUUUCUGCCAUUCACCAGACAUUUGUUGGUCACCUUGCUGUCCUCGUUCUCAGCUAUGUAGCAGCCUGGGGCUGGAAGAGAGGACUUAAGAACAAUCAGAUGCUCUUACAUAAAUUGGACACCAUACUGAAUACAUUCUGGCUAUUUUGUCAAACACUGCUGUUUGGCCUCAUGGGAUGUGAUGUCAACUUGUCUGUGAUCAAUGGCAGAAUACUUGGUUUUGUAUUUGCAUGUUUGUUCACUGGUCUCUUAGUGCGGCUUGUAAUAUCGUAUGUUGUGAUGAUCAGGACCCAGAUCACCAAGAGGGAACGUGUCUACUGCAGUUUGGCUUUGCUACCAAAAGCUGAAAGUCAGGUUCUAGCUGCAUAUAUUCUACAAAAUGCCCUUGAUCUAGGGGAUGAAACUCUACAACCCUAUGGUUAUAUAGUUUUGAAGAUGACGGUGUUGGCCAUCCUUUUAACUGCACCAUUUGGGGCCACUCUGUUGCAUUUAGCAGGACGCUACCUCUUGAAGACCCCAAUGGAGAGCAGUGAUGAGAGCAACAUAGCACUCGUUACAAGAAGAAAGUCAUCAGAAGAUUCUGUGGAAUCGUUAAAUGGAGAUGAUGUGACUUCUGAAGCUGAACAACAGUUUAUGGAUAUCAGCUUGUAAUAACUUUUUUUUGUGUGUGCAUAUGUGCAUGCAUAUGUAACUGGGAGUAUUCGUGUGUGUGCAUGCAUGUAUGUGUGUGUGAGAAAGAUAGAGAGAGGAUGUGUAUGAUUUUGUGUGAAAUUUUUUUAUGCAUAUGUGCAGCCUUUUCCAGGUAUGACAAUAAAAGGUGUGUUUAAAAUAGUUUGGUG